AUGGAUUUAGUGGAAACCAUUCGGAGAUUCGGGUCUUACGACCCGUCGGUAGAAAGAAGAAAACAGAGUUGGACUUAUGAUGGUAAAAGUUUUGCGGCUGCAUUUAUUUUGGCUUGUUGUUUUCUUGUUUUCCUCAAUGUCUAUGCCUAUAAACAAUCUAUAGCUAAUGAAUUAGAAAAUCCCAAUGUGACAGCGAAGGUACCCACCUACGCCUUGUUUGGAAAAAAUGUUGAUUCAGGGUAUUUGCGACAUGUAAUAGCUGUAUUUGAACGAUUGGGUUUCCAGCGUGUUGAUGUCAGUUCAAAUUGGGAUGUUCUGUGGGCUCAUGAAUAUCCCUUCCGAAAUAUGUACUCAGUUCUGAAGAAUCUAAAGCCACAUCAAAAGGUUAAUCAUUUCCCAGGAUCAGGUUACAUUACAAAUAAACUUGAGCUAUCAACAUCAGAACUUCCUCAUUUACCACGUGCUUUUCGUAUGCCCCAGGACAAAGAGAAAUUAUUGGAGUAUGCAAAAGCUGAUGAAGACUUAAUGUUUGUACAAAAAGAUAAUAAUCACAGAGGAAUUACUAUUAAACACAUAAAUGAACUUAAUUUAUCUGCAAAUAAUACAUUCAUUCAGGAGUACGUGAGCAAACCCUUUUUAAUUGAUGGAUAUAAAUUUGACAUUGGUGUCUAUACCAUCCUGACAUCUAUAAAUCCGUUAAGAGUUUACAUAUAUGAUGGGGAUAUAUUGUUCAGGUUUUGCCCUGUGAAGUAUUAUCCUUUUGAUCCACAAAUAUUGGACAAAUAUGUUGUUGGAGAUGAUUACCUGCCUAUAUGGAAAGUUCCUUCCCUGAAGAAGUAUUAUGUAGAUAAAGGAUUUUCCAUGAAAGAUACUUUCAAUGCUUUUGUUGAAAGUCAAGGAAAGGAUCCCAGUACCAUUUGGACUCAGGUAAACGAAGCUAUACGCAACAUCUAUCUGCAAAAGGAAUCAAAAAUACGGCAGUCUACUUUACACUACCAAUCAUCAACAAAUUUCUUCGAAAUGGUUAGAAUAGACUUUGUGAUUGAUGAAGAUAUGAAUGUUUUCCUUAUGGAGGCAAAUAUGUCUCCUAAUCUUUCUUCAGCUCAUUACCCACCAAAUCAAUUACUUUACGAGCAAGUAAUUUUCAAUACACUUGCCUUAGUGGGUGUUGCUCAAAGAAUCAAAUCUUCAGACCUUCAGAUUAGGUCUGUUGCUGAAGAAGAUAUGAUGGUAGCACUCAAGAAUAUUGUGGUGUUCCCUCACCUUUGCAGUAGUCAUCUGUGUCAGACUUGUGAAAAUGCAUUAUGCGAUGUUUGUAAACACUGCUUAACAAUUGAUGUAUUAAACCAAUUGAAAAAUGCAUACAAGGAACAUGUAAAUCGUCUUGAUUGUAGAAGGGUAUUUCCCCCAGCAAUGACACCCCCGCUGCCAAACAUCACAUCAUAUGGGAAUGCUUAUUCUCCUGAAAAUCAACGAGUUGCCAGAUGGUUCCUUGGUAAAUGUCACGUAGAUCAAAGCUGGUGUUCCUAGAUCAUGUUACUCUGUGAUUCAAGAUUUAUCAAGUUGCUAAUUGAUGCAUUUUUACCUGAAUUUAUGUACCUACAAGAUUUUCUGUCUAUGGUCAUCUCAAAAUGUCUCUCCAGAAACUUCUUCUCCUAAUGCUUCUUCACCAUAUUCAUCUUUCGUUUGAAAUUCAAAUGGAUCUACCAUAUCUGGCACAUCUGUAAUUAUUUCUUCAACCAACUGAAGGGCUAUUUUUUCCUCGUCUAGUCGCUUCUUCUCCUGGAUAAAAGAAGUUCAGGAAAAAAUUUGAUGAUACAUAAUUUUGUUUCCAAAUUAUUACAAAUUUUAACUUUUACCAAACUGUAUACUGUCACUUCAAAUAGUUACUUAAAUGUUGUUUUACAAUUGUUAUUUAAUAUGUAUAGUAGGCUCAGAUAAAGGAACAGAAUGUCUGAAAAAUUGUUUUCUUUUAACAUCAUUUGUGCAAUAGCAUAACCUCUAUGUGGAACAUCAUGAUAAUUCCAUGUUAUUCCAAUGAGAACUUUCAAGUCUGGUCAUCAUUUCACCAAAAUGUGAUGUGUUUGACAGAAUUUCUAACAAAAUAAGUAAUAGUGACUGACAAAACUUGGUCUUACAUCAUUAGAAAAAGAGGUCUCAAAUUUCAUUAAUUUCAUCUUAUUUACUUCAAAAAUGAAAAUUACAUUGAUCACAAGUACUUUUUGCUAAUUAAAACAUUGUAUAGUGGUGUUCAUAAUUUUAUUGUACACACAAAAAUAAAUAAUUCAAAAGUUUCAUGAAGCAAUAGUUAAAAGGCCGUGUUUUGUAAAGUAAUUUAUGUUGAUUCAUAUGCUAAAAAUUGAAAUUAUUACAGUACUUCACUCUUUCAAAAUAUUGUAUAUUUAUAAUUUGCCAUUUAAACUUGGUUUGGUACAAGUAUGUAAUAUAUUUGUCAUCUACCUUUUGCAAUGCACA